ACACUAUGGCACCACAUAUGAUGGUCAAGCCGGGAUUUGCCAUGCCUUCUAAAAUAAGAGGCAACACAAGAUUUUACCCCUACUUUAAGGUACUUUCUUUGACAAAAAGUAAUGCAAAGUUGAUUAUGAACCAAUUUAGAUUACUAUUUUUUAAAUGUAUGAACUACAAAUUUGUUACAAAUUAUUAUUUUUUACAAUUUUAUUUUGCUUUAGGAUUGCAUUGGUGGCAUUGAUGGCACUCAUAUUCCUGCAAUGGUAAAAGGUUGUCAAUGGGUGGGAAGGAUCUGCACAUGAUUCAAAAAUCCUAAAUGAUGCAUUAUGUAGAAAAAAUGGACUUGAAGUGCCUCAAGUGUGACAAAGAGGCUCUGAAUAUGGCAUUGAAUCAUUGAUCUUCAAUGUCAUAUGGAGUACAAAGAUAUCCUUCCCAAGACAGUGAAUACAGCACCUUCCACCCACCAAUGUCACUUACUCUGCGCUCAUCAUCGGGAAAAAUCUCGUCUUUGUUCCCUUCCAAGAAGCCCUCAAGCCUCAGUCUUCCGACCAAACAAGAGCCCAAGUGGGUGCCCUUAAACCUGGGCAGAACCGAGCUCUACCUGCCCUUGACCUUUCCCACAGGCCAGACUUUCAGGUGGAAGCAGACGGGUCCUCUCCAGUUCACCGGGGUAGUCGGCCGCUUCCACUUGGUCUCCCUGAAACAGCUCGAGAAUGGGGACGUUGGUUACCAUCAGCACUCCACAAGCGGGGCGGAUGAUUUUUCCAGUGCCUUGCUUGAUUUUCUCAAUGUGGGUAUUUCUCUGAGUGAGGUUUGGGAGAUCUUCAAAGCCUCAGAUCAGAGAUUCAGUGUGUUAGCCGAUCAUUUGGGAGGGGCCAGAGUCCUUCGGCAGGACCCUGUCGAGUGCCUAAUCCAGUUCAUUUGCUCUUCUAAUAACAAUAUUAAGAGAAUCACAUUGAUGGUCGAUUUCAUUUCGUCCUUGGGGAAUUAUAUAGGGACUGUUGGAGGGUUUGAAUUCUACGAGUUCCCUUCCCUGGACCGGCUGUCAAAGGUUUCUGAAGCUGAACUUAGGGAGGCUGGUUUUGGUUAUAGGGCGAAAUAUAUAACAGGCACUGUUAAGGAAUUGCAAUCAAAACCAGGGGGAGGUUGCCAGUGGCUUGCUUCACUUCGAGGGAGAGAACUUAAUGAGGUUGUUGAUGGUCUUUGUACUCUACCUGGUGUUGGUCCCAAGGUGGCAGCUUGUGUUGCUCUCUUCUCGUUGGAUCAACAUCAUGCCAUUCCUGUUGAUACUCAUGUUUGGCAGAUUGCGACUAGGUACCUCGUCCCUGAGCUGGCAGGUUCCCGUUUGACGCCUAAACUGUGCAGUCGUGUGGCAGAAGCAUUCGUGAACAGGUAUGGGAAAUAUGCUGGUUGGGCCCAAACUCUACUCUUCAUUUCAGAACUUCCAACACAACAAGCCUUGUUGCCCAUUACAUUUCGGAACUCGGCAGACGAAAGAUAUCCCAAACAUAAGAAGAAAAGGAAAAUGGACGGAAUCAAGAAAAUACCCACUGCCACUAGCCGACUCGCAUAAUGUCUAUGCUCAACUUCAAGUAUGUACAUGGUCAGUGUUGUUUAUCAAAUGAUUCCCAAAUAUCACAAUUAUCCUAUGAAGAUAUGUCAAUUUUAUUUAAUCUUAUUCAUUGAAGAGAAUUGCAAACACCACAUACAAAACUUUGGACAGUUGUUACUUGUUGAAAUGAGAUAUGUAUGGACUUAUCCCAUU